AUGUUUCACAAGACACUGUUCGCUUCAGCCUCUUUCUGCCUCGGUUUGCAGCUUUGGUGCCUUUUAGAGAUCGCCAAAUGUAUGCAAGUUGGCCAGCCUGUUCAAACCAACACGAAGGGAAACGUGGAUAAAGGCUUUGAUUACAACGAUGAGGCGUUCGAACGCUUUUUUGGCGCUCCUGUAUCGGAACAACACUUGUCCUUCCCUUCUCCUGUUCUGGGCUUUGGCAGUGUUCCAGAAAGUGCGGUCAGCACCUCAAAAGACCAUUUGAGAAACACAGAUCCAAGUCACAGGGAGCAGGAUACAGAAGAGCUCUUUCAAGCUCUUCAUACAGGAGGGCUCUUCCAAAAUCAAGUGGAGUCACCAAGGGCUUCUCAGCGAUAUGGGCUCACGUCAAGCAGCCACCCUUUCAUCCUCGACGAGGCGGAUAUUUGCGACUUGGAUGACCUCGACCACUUUUCUGAUCACGUCCAAGCCUCUUGGUCACAAUCGCCUUCAGCAUCACCCCAUUUCGAUGAUGAGCUCAUACCGGACAUGCAGGCUGAACAAUCGAUGCAGAAGGAGGCUCGAAGUCGUAAGACGAAGAAAGGCAAUGUCGCUUUCGCAACGGCAAAAUGUCAGAAAGAGGCCAGGAAAUUUUGGAGGUAUCGCGGUCAUCCUAAGGUGAAGGUGGCGUGGUACGAUUACUGGAGAGUCACUGGUCACAAGGUUUUUAUGAAGAUUGCGGUCCGGGCGUUUCGGAACGGUCAAAAGUUACACAAGGUCCUCGAACACUAUCGCCUCAAGAAUGGGCGACCAGUGUCGUGGCUUAAUGGCUUGAUCGACUACCCGACCGCUCUCGUAGAGGACCGAGUAGACGCUAAGAAAGACGCCGAACUUCAUCAAUUUAUAUCCGAUUGGGCAGCAGCCGCUAGGGACCUGCUGGCAACACGAAGAGGCGGGUACCUUGAUUUCACCGAGAAGAUCAAUGAAGUUUGGCAACUUAAGCCUCUCGAGACAAGCGGAGAGCCAGAAAUGGGCAGAGAGCGUCUUCGCAAGACUAUCGCAAGCAUUCAGCUGAUCAAUCCGCAGGCUCUCCGGUUCUUGACAAUAUUGCAACGUCUGAGGAGCCUCCGGAGACAUCGAGUCUUGCAGACGAAGAGAAUUCGCUCGUAUAUGCGGAAUUCAAUCCGCAACUCAGGGCAGAAAGCUUCACUCGAGUCGAAGAUUCCUUUGGAUACCGUCAUCUACCGAAAUCAUAGGUGUCGACCACCCACCUGGCUUAACGGCAUCAUUGAUCACCCAUCAAGGCUCGUUGAGCAGCGUCUUACAUUUAGAAGCAGCCCGGAGGUGCAUAGGCUGAUUAAAUCAUGGGCUCACGAGGCAAGGAACGAGCUGACCAAGAAGAGGGAGCUUCGAUACAUGCAGAAGCUUGUGGGAUCUGAGUAUUGGACAAUGAAACCUAAGGCUGAUCGCACCGUCAGAGAGCCCCCUGAGAGGUGGCGAAGUAGCUCAACUGCAGACGACCAGCAACAUGAGUCAGCAAGAGAGCAAAUGCUGACUCUUCGCAAUAAUCGACGCAAUAUUCGAAGCAGUGAUACCGAACAGCCCGUGCCAAAGGUCACUUUGGCGACGAAGAAGCGGGAAGCAAGGAAAAGGGCUUACUUCGCCAAAACGAGAGAUUACGCUAAUCGAUUUGAGUUUUGGAAAACGUGCAAGAACAAGAAGAUGCAACAAGAGUGGCGCAGUUACGACAGAACCAAUGCUGAGAAAUUUUGGCAGAUUGCGGUCCCGGCGGUCCGAAAAGGAUUAGACGUUCAGAAGGCCCUCGACACUAGUCGGCUCAACCGCACCCCGUCUUGGCUUCAUGGAAUGAUCGACCAUCCAACCACGCUCCUAGAGAACCAAAUUGACCGUGAGAAAGAACCUUGUCUGUACCGUCGUAUUUCUGAGUGGGCAGCAGAGGCUCGGGAUGCGCUAACAACUGAAAAGGGCGGCAAUCUCAGUUUCACGGAGAAGGCCAACGGAGCUUGGCAACUGAAGCCUGUGGAGAACCGACCUACCAACAAAAGUCCUGACCCUUACAAGUGGACAGCCAUUACACAGAAGAAAAGGGCUCCUCAGGGGAGAAGACCUGCAGCAAGCCGGCAAGCUACAUUUACCGAAAAUCUGGCUACGGCAGAAGAUUCGUAA